AACUCCACAGACUAGUAUAUAAAUAUGUACUGUUCUAUUGAUGUUUUAUUAUUGCCAAAUGCCAAGUAAAUUGUUAGAAUCCUCUUUUAUUUUGAACUUCGUGCAUACUUGUACUCGUUUCUUGUAGCGUAGUUGUAAAGUGAGACUAGUGAGUGCUGUGGCGUAACAAAUAAACAUUCAAGAUGCGGUGUUGUGUGCCCCUCUGCAGAAGCACUAGGGAAAAUGUGUCCACAUCACAGAGGAAGGAAAAUAUUACAUUUUACGGGUUCCCUAGUGAAGUGCAUCUCCGUGGUGCUUGGCUCAAAGCCCUAGGCAAGCAAGACAGCAACCUGUCAAACUCUGCUGUGGUCUGCUCACAGCACUUUCUUGAUGAUGAAAUGUAUGAAACUGAAAGUGGCUUCAGGCAAGUUUACGCUGGUGCUGUUCCAUCGACAGUGCAGGUUUGCAUGAUAUGUCUAGACUCCGACAGAAAGCUGUUACUAAUGAGUAAACACAAGUUGGAAGAAGCGUAUGAAAAGUUAACGGGAUAUCCUUUGUUCGAUCUAGGUAAACUAAAGCAAACAGUUUGCGUACUAUGCGCCCAGAGGUUAAGGAACUUCAGAAGAUUUAGAGCCAAGAGCCUGCGAGCCCGCACAUUGAUGAUGGACCUAGUCAAAAAACAGGAUUCGAUAACUCAACAGCAUAUGAAACAGAUAAACCAAGCAAAGAAUCAACUGAAGGAUAAUUUGGUGCAAAUAACUCUGGGAUCUGACCACUGCGACUCGUACAUCAUAGAACCAGAUGAGAACGUAAAGAUAAAGACCGAGAAAUCUGAUAUCAGAUGCGAAAUCGUUGUAGUGAAAAAUGAAGACAGCUGUUAUUCUAUGGAUGAUGAAUAUAACACAGAGAUAUACGUAGAUAACGCAAAUGAAGAGUUUGGCGCUGGUGUGGACUAUUCAGUAACUGAUAAUAGCGUAACGUUGGAGGUAAAGCCACUGGACGACGAGCUUUGCGAGGCUCUCCAGAGGAAUCUAGAAGCUUCCAGCUCAAUGGUUGGAGAACAAUGGGCCGGGACACAGGUCCCUAUAAAGUACGAAUAUGACCCUGAGUAUGAUGAAGAUAUUCCUGAGCAUCUGCAGAGCUACGGCGGUGAUAUUGAAGGUGGUACGUUGGAAGUCUGCAGGCCUCACACUGUCUUUCACUCCAGCUAUGUCUCUUCACCCUACACUGAGAGCAAGUGUGACAUUCAGAAGCUAAAUGGUGAUUCUUCCGCAGACUCUACCCGUGCUGUAGUCGCUGCCACAAGAGCGGAUACAACAAAGAAAAUUAAUAAAACUGACAACCAACCAUCUGAUGGCAUUAAUAAAGCCAAACGAAAUAAAAAUAGAUUACCACGUUGUGUGGUUGACUUGAAUGACGUGGUCACGAAUUCGUUAAAAGUCCUACCGAAUCAAGAAGAUCUGCAGGCAACACAAAAACUAAGUUUCGACAGUCAUGAUAAAACAGCGUCUAAAGAUCUCAGUUUACAAUCACAGAGUAAGAAUGAAGCCACCACGACACAAAGCAAGCCUAAAAAACCGAAAGUUUCACGUAGCGUUACUAAAUGUAGCACUUUAAACAAUGGCUCCAAAUGCCCACCAGAAAUUAGUUCGCUAAAGAAAAAACAAUUCACAUGCAACAUCUGCAGUAAUGCGUAUUACGGAAAGAGUCUUUUGCUAAAACACAUGAAGACACACAAUGAAACUAGCAAUAGAGCAAGGAUUAUGUACACAUGCAAUGUUUGUCAAUACCAAACCAGACGCAAGAAUCACUAUACGAUGCACAUGAGGAUCCACACUGGAGAAAGGCCGUAUGCAUGCGAGAUAUGCAAUUACAAAAGCAUAAGUAAUAGUCUCUUAGCGCAACACAUGAGAACGCACACGGGCGAAAAGCCGUUCGCCUGUCAGCUAUGCAAAUUUGCAAGUGUCAGGAACUGCGAUUUAGUGUUACACAUGCGAACGCACACUGGUGAAAAGCGUUAUGCGUGUGAGCUAUGCGAAUAUAAGUGUAUUAGGAAUAGCGACUUGGUGAUCCACAUGAGGACCCAUACAGGUGAACAGCCGUAUAUGUGCGAGGUGUGCAAACGUAAAUUUUCACACACUAGUGCAUUAGCGAAGCACAUGCGAAUACAUGUUCCCAAAACGUUGGUCCCUCGCAAGUAAUGAAACUAUGGAAUUGUUACAAACAGUAACUAAUCGUUUCACAUGGCGAAAACAUGUUCCCAAAACGUUGGUCCCUCGCAAGUAAUGAAACUAUGGAAUUGUUACAAACAGUAACUAAUCGUUUCACAUGGCGAAUACAUGUUCCCAAAACGUUGGUCCCUCGCAAGUAAUGAAACUAUGGAAUUGUUACAAACAGUAACUAAUCGUUUCACAUGGCGAAUACAUGUUCCCAAAACGUUGGUCCCUCGCAAGUAAUGAAACUAUGGAAUUGUUACAAACAGUAACUAAUCGUUUCACAUGGCGAAUACAUGUUCCCAAAACGUUGGUCCCUCGCAAGUAAUGAAACUAUGGAAUUGUUACAAACAGUAACUAAUCGUUUCACAUGGCGAAUACAUGUUCCCAAAACGUUGGUCCCUCGCAAGUAAUGAAACUAUGGAAUUGUUACAAACAGUAACUAAUCGUUUCACAUGAGAACGCACACUGGUGAAAAGAGAUAUGAUUCUGAACUAUGCCAAUAUAAGUAUAUGCCAAUAGAGGAAUAGCGACUUGGUGAUCCACAUGAGAUAUAAGUUCUCCUUUAAACAGCCGUAUAUGUGUGAGGUGUGCAAACGAAAUUUUCACAAACCAAUGCAUGUUCCCAAAACGUUGGCUUGUCGGAAGUAAUGCAACUAUGGAAGAACGUAUACUGGUGAAAAGGGGUAUGUUUGUGAGCUAGGCCUUGAUAAGUGUAUUAAGAAUAGUGACUUGGUGAUCCACAUGAGAACCUACACCGUAGAACAGUCGUAUAAGUGUGCAGUGUGCAAACGUAAAUUUUUGCAACCAGUGAAUUAGCGAAGCACGUUAAAAUACAUGUUCUCUAAACUUCGGUUCUUCGCAUGUAAUGCUAAAAUUGUUACGAAUAGUAAAUAAGUGGUUCAGAUGAGGACCUGAACACUGCUAAAAAGCGAUAUGCUUGUGAGUUACGGUAAUGUCAAUGUAUUAGGAUAGAGACUUGGUAAUCCACAUGAGAACACACACUGGAGAGCAUACAUAUAUGUGUAAGGCGAACGUUAACGUUCACACACCAGUGUAUUAGAAAAGCACAUGAGAAUACAUAUUCCCAAAACGUCGGUUUCUCGCAAAUAAUAAAAUUAUUACGAAUUGGUCAACACGACAACGUGAGUACUGGUGAAAAACAAUACACUUGUUAAAGUUAUGAUAUCAAAUUUUCACUGAGUAGUUCUUUAGCGAGGCACAUGAGAACUCUCACACGUGUAAGGUUUUAUUCCUAUAUUUGUACGAUUAGGAAUGUGUACCAAAAAGUAAAUUAGGAAGGCACAUUAGCACUUUUGCUGUUGAAUCCAUGUUGGAGUUUAAACGAAUUUAAAUGUGCACUAAAAAGUAAUUUUGACGGCCGAUUAACGUAGUGCAGUGACCCUGCUUUCAGAGUCCAUCAAGG